CUGUUCGGAUGGGCUGGCCCAGCUGCAAAAUCGAGUGCGUCGUCGCCGGAGUUCCUCAACCUCUCGUGCCGUCGUGUCUAAAAAAAAAAAGCUCUCGUGCCGUCGUGAAGCCCUAGGCGCAGGCAUGGAACAUGAAACUGAUGCGAGCCGGCGAAAGCGAAUCCACGCCCAUCGCGGCGGCGAUGGCGCGCAGUAGUCGGCGCUCGGCAGCAUCGGAUCCACCGCCACCGCUGCCUCAGGAAGGCCUCCGGUCGGCCGCCACCGCGCCUCGGAUCCGAUGGACACGGGCGCAGAUCCUCCACGCCACCGCCGGCUCAGGAAGGCCUCCGAUCUCCGCACCGCCCCCGCCUACCCACACCCGAAACGGAUACGCCCGGGCGAGGAGCACAACAGUUGCUGUGAGGACAAGAUCAGCAGCUUACCUGACGAGAUGUUAAUCUUGAUCAUCGACAAGCUAGAUGCACGGACAGCGACAAACACCACUAUCCUUUCGAAGCGAUGGCGGGAUCUCUAUACACACUCACACACAUGUUAUGACCUUACGGUUGAUGACAUUCUCCCUCCACGGUACCACAGACUGAAGCAAAUUGUGGUGGAGGCUGAGGCAGGGUACGAGGCAAAGAAGAAUGCACUGAAGUCGGAUGACAGUGAUGCUUCUAGAGACCAGUUAUAUUCCUUCAAAGACUGGAAGUGGAAAGUCCGUCUGCUAACACCCAUCCUGCAACGUUAUGAGCGUUCGGCCAUGCGACGCUAUGUUAAACGGGUGAAUGCAUUCCUUCUGGCUCCCAACAAUGUUCAGCCACGGUCUAUCCAGAAGCUGAGGCUUCAAGCCUGUGGGACGAGCUAUUUCACUGAUCAAUGGAUUACGCAAGCGAUUGGCAGAUGGGGCGUUGAAGAUUUGGAGCUUGUCAUUGACAACUCUUGCUGGCUCUAUGACUUCCGUCUGUUGGAUGGAUGCAAAAAUGUGCGGCUGAAACGGCUUGUGCUAUCCAAUUGUUAUCAUUUUGUUGCACCCUACUCCUUGACGUUUCAGAGGCUCACAUCACUCACUCUCUGCAAAGAAAGUUCACGUAUGUCACGCGUUGAUGAUAUUCUGAGAAACUGUGUGCAGCUGGUGGAUUUGAGGCUGAAAGAUUUUAGUUGUCGCCAACCUGCUUUUCAUAUCUUUGUUCCUAACUCAAAGUUAAAGAGUCUGCAAUUGGACAACUACAACACUGUGGGUGUCUACCUGGGUUUGGUGCCUUAUCUUGAAACAUUUGCUUGUGGUGGUCAGCCAAUUAUACUACACUAUGGCGUGGUGCCUCGACUUAGGCAUGUGAGUCUGAACUUCUUGCAAACUAGAGAUGACGGCAAGGAUGAUUCCUCCGGUAGCGACAGGACAUAUCAAAUAAGCAAAUUCUUUUUAGGGGAGCCGCCACCGCUAGAGUACCUUGUUCUGCAGUUAAGAGGGCGUCAGAUGUGGAUUGAACUAACCGCCAUUCGCAGCCAGCUUAAUCAUCUCAAGAAACUAUUCAUUGCAAAUGUGCCAAUGAACUGGGAUACAUUCUGGAUUCUCCACCUACUUGCUGCCGCACCUGCCUUGGAGUCGCUCCAUGUUCAUUUUGACAGCAAGUCAGAGAAGGCAACUGCUGGAUCACUGGAUGUGCAAGUGGAGCACCAUCAGCAGCACCAUCACCUGAAAGAACUCAUGGUCAUCGGCUUCGACGGUGUGGCGUGGCAGACCGGCUUUGUGAAGCGGAUCAUGCGGGCGUCACCAAUCCUGGAGCGCGUCCACCUGCUGGACGGGCACGUCGUGGAGGACGAAGAUCGGGAGCUCGUCGGCCUGGACAUCGUGCGCCGCCGCCGGGAGUGGCACGAGUGCGAGAGAUUGGAGGUGCUGGAGGAUCUCACAGACGGGAUCAAAUAUUCGCCGCAUCUCGAAAUAGUUUUGGAAUGACUUUUGGUAAAAGUCCGCUGUGCCUGUAGCCUUCCGUUCUGUAGGACUUGCAGCUGUAUGCCAGGGCCUAAUGAUUAUGUUAUGCUGGCUCUAAAGAUAGAACAACAUGUGUUUGUAUGGAGUAUCUUGUGCUUUACUUUUGCUCGAUUAUCCAAAGGACGGACGGGUGUAGCUGCUGUUGAGAUGAUUGAUUCCAUGGUGUUCAUUGUGUGGCUUGACUAGGCAAAAUUACCACUUGGACGCGCCUAAAAGAUAUUUUUCUUUCUUCUCCUCCUUUUUGAUAGAACCAAAAAAGAUCUGCAGCAUUCUUUUGUAAAGAAAUAUAAGAGCAUUUAGAUCACUAAAGUAUUGAUCUAAACGCUCUUACUCUUCUUUAUGGAGGGAGUACACGGUAAUGUUCAACACCAUCUAUAUGUUUAUCGAGAGGGGAUUUGUGGCACGCAGGUGCAGUGCAUGGACCCAUUUUUCUUUUGCCUUUCCAUUUUCAAUAUUUUUGUAUCUGUUGAACUGAAAUUUCAAAUUAAGUUUUGCUUUUAUAUUCGUCUUUCUUGCGACGAGGGCUUUCAAAUACGACUCAUUUUGAAUAUGUUUCGAUGAUUUUCUUUUAAAACUUUGUUAGGUUUCAUCUGUUGAAACUUGAUACAAAGAAUGACAAAAAGUCCAAACACAAAGACACCGGUUCAGAUUUAUGCGAAUAACCGAUUCCACACUAUCUACAUGUUUUUUUUUAAAAAAAAUUACACACUAUCUAGUACUCCCUCUGUAAGAUCUGGUUGGGCUGAGUGAGUCGACGGCGGCUCGGCAGCGUCGGAGUCGGAUUCGUCCCGUCAGCCCUCCUGAAUCAGCCCCGCACCCCAUUGCCUCCCCGCGAAUCCGCCGCCGCCGCCCACUCCGCGCCGACCGGCCGGCCGGCCAGUCGACACCGGCCCCCGGAUCCGAUGGACACGUGCGCAGAUCCUCCGCGCUACCGCCGGCUCAGGAAGGCCUCCGACCUCCGGACCGCCGCCGCCCACCCACCCCAGAAACGGAUGCGUCCGAGUGAGGAACACACCAGUUUCUGUGAGGACAAGAUCAGCAGCUUACCCGAUGAGAUGUUAAUCAUGAUCGUCAAUAAGCUAGAUGCACGGACGGCGAUAACCACCACUAUCCUUUCGAAGAGAUGGCGGGAUCUUCCUGCACACUCGCACACAUGUUAUGACCUUGGCGUUGAUGACAUCCUCCCUCCACGCUAUCACAGACUGAAGCAAAUGGUGGUGGAGGCUAAAGCAGGGUAUGUGGCAGAGAAGAACGUACUGAACUUGGCCGGCAGUCAUGCUUUUAGAGACCGAUUCUUUGCCGUCAAUGACUGGAUGUGGAUAGUCCAACGGCUGACUACCCACCUGCAACGUUAUGAGCGUUGGGCCAUGCGACGCUAUGUUAAACAGGUGAAUGCGUUCCUUCUGCCCCGCACCAAUGUUCAGCAACGGUCUAUCAAGAAGCUGAGGCUUCAAACCUUUGGGACGAGCAAUUGCAAUGAUCAAUGGGUUACAUCAGCGAUUGGCAGAUGGGGCGUUGAAGAUUUGGAGCUUGUCAUUGACAACUCUUCCUGGUGCUAUGACUUCCGGCUAUUGGAUGAAUGCAAGAAUGUGCGAUUGAAACGACUUGUGCUAUCCAAUUGUUAUCAUCAUUAUGCACCCAAGUCCUUGACGUUUCAGAGGCUCACAGCACUUACUCUGCGCAAAGAAUGUUCGCAUAUUUCACACGUUUGUUAUAUUCUGAGAAACUGUGUGCAGCUGGUGGAUUUGAGCCUGAAAUAUUCCGGUCAUAACCGAGAUUCUCUUCAUAUUCGUGUUCCUAAGUCAAAGUUAAAGAAUCUGCAAUUGGACAACUGCAAUGUUGGGCAAGUCUAUCUGACUUCACUGCCUUGUCUUGAAGCAUUUGCUUGUCGCGGUCAGCCAAUCGAAUUACACUACGGCGAGGUCCCUCGACUUAGGCAUGUGAGUUUGAACUUCUUGCAAACUGGAGAUAAUGCCAAGGAUGGUUCCUUAUGUGGACUGAGCAAGUUGUUUUUAGGGAUUCCGCCACCGCUAGAGUACCUUGCUCUGCAAUUAAGAGGGGGUCAGAUGUGGAUUAAACCUGCUGCCAUUCGCAGCCAGCUUAAUCAUCUCAAGAAACUAUUAUUUGCAAACGUGGCAAUGAACUGGGAUACAUUCUGGAUUCUCACCCUACUUGCUGCCGCACCUGCCCUGGAGUCACUCCAUGUUCAUUUUGUCAACAACUCAGGGAAGGUGGGUGCUGCAGGAUCACUAGAUGUGCAAGUGGAACACCAUCAGCAGCACCAUCACCUGAAAGAACUCGUGGUCAUCGGCUUCGGCGGGGCGGCCUGGCAGACAGGCUUUGUGAAGCAGAUCAUCCAGGCAUCGCCGAUCCUGGAGCGCGUCCACCUGCUGGACGGGCACGUUGUCGAUGAUGAGGAUCGGGAGCUCGUCGGCCUGGAGAUCGUCCGCCGCCGCCGGGAGUGGCACGAGUGCGAGAGAUUGAAGGUGCUCGACGAACUGACAGACGGGAUCAGUUCGCCGCAUCUCAAAAUAGUUUUGGAAUGACUUUUGGUAAAAGUCCGCUGUGCCGGUAGCCUUCCGUUCUGUAGGGCUUGCAGCUGUAUGCCAGGGCCUAAUGAUUAUGUUAUGCUGGCUCUAAAGAUAUUGAACAACAUGUGUUUGUAUGGGGUAUCUUGUGCUUUACUUUUGCUCGAUUAUCCAAAGGACGGAUGUAGCUGCUGUUGAGAUGAUUGAUUCCGUGGUGCUCA